GACGUGUAGUUUGAAACGCGCGAGACUGGAGGCGGCCGCCAUUCAGCUGUGCCGAGAUUACAUUGGCGGUGGAGUAUAGUGGCAGAUGCUAAAGCCAAAGCCAUGGCCGCAAUCCACUGCUCCUCCACUCUCCACUCUCUUAAACCGCCGCGGCCGCUUCCUCCUCAGCUCUCCAGCCUCAGACCCUCUCUCCUCUCCGCCAGCAAACACCCAAACAGUAAGAAGAACAAAAAGCUCACCGGCUACAGACCCUGCAGAGCGGAGUUCUCAAACGACGCGCCGUUCGUCGCCGCCAUUGGCGCCUGCAUGCUCUCGUCGCUGGUGCUUCCCGCCAGCACUCCCGAUGACGAUGCCGAAGGCGGUUCGGCAAUGGAUUCCACCGAUGCCAGGUUCGCCGUCAUGGGCGUCAUCAGCUUCAUUCCCUACUUCAAUUGGCUGAGUUGGAUUUUUGCUUGGUUGGAUACCGGAAAACGGCGGUAUGCGGUGUAUGCGCUUGUGUACUUGGUUCCCUACCUGAGGACGAAUUUGUCGUUGUCACCUGAGGAGAGCUGGCUGCCCAUUGCUAGCAUCGUUUUCUGCAUUAUUCAUGUCCAGCUGGAAACAAGUAUUAAAAAUGGAGAUCUUCAGGGCUUUCAAUUCUUUAAUGAGGCUGCAAAGCAUCUCUCGUCAACAACUAGUAGGAAAGAUCAUCGGAGUGGGUAUCAAGGAACCUCUGAGGGGAAGAAAAGAGGAAAUAAGAACCUUCCAUCCAGUGAUGAACAAUCGAGAAAUGAGAUCGAUGAUUAGGGAGUUCCCAAGAGGCCCUUAAAAGAUCGUGAGCGCUCGAAUGAAGAGGAAAAUGAAAGAAGGAAACAGUAGAAGGUCAGAGUUUGAUGCAAGCAACUUGAAUUUCAGAACGCAGCCUUGUGCCUUACGAAGUAUCAUGAAUGUUAGACAGUCAUCUUUUACUAAAAUAAAGACAGCCGCAACUACAAGCUCAGCGCAUGAGGAAGCGUCGAGAGAUACCAUACAAGAAAUGUAGUCCGAUAUCACUAGCUGCACACUGAUAUGAAUUAGAACAUCCUAAUGACGAAGAUGAGUUCACAUGAUGGAGAGUCUAGGUGCCUUUUCUUUACCGACACUGGCGGGCAAGGCGCCAUGGUUUGUUUAUCGAUUAAGUUAUUUUGUUUUAGGAAAUGAGAGAUGAAGAUGAAGUACAAGAUCAUGAAAUAAUCAUUUUAUUUAUCAUCGA